AUGACGCAGCAGGGCGGCAGCCAGCGAGACCUACCCGGCGCUGAGAAUGGACCGUACUUGUUGCAACCACUGUUGGAAGACGUACCACUCUCUGAAGAUGGCUUCAAUGGCGACGUCAAAAUAAACUGCGUAGAAUAUUACGACGGAAACCUUUACGUCGGCACGUCGGCCUCCGAGCUGUUACACUUUGUCCGAAUCCCACCCGACCCUGCCAACGAAAAUGGCAAACCGACGUUUAUUUCGGCAUCGAGGCUUGCGCCUGCUUUCUUCGAUACAAAGGGAGGAUCGCAACCCGGAGUACAGCAGAUCUUACUGCUACCACGCGCGGGCAAGGCUUGCAUUCUCUGCAACUCGACGGUAACAUUUUAUUCGCUACCCGAGCUUACGCCGAUUUUCGAGUCGACGCAAGUGAAGAACUGCAGCUGGAUAGGCGGUGUUGACUUGAACGAGCCGAUCACGAAUGUGGAGUCAUCGACAAGUGAAUUAGAAGGAGUCACGAUAUUAAUGUCGCUGAAAAAAAAGAUUCAAGUGGUUCACAUUGGCGACAGCCCAAGGCGUCUCAGAAACAUAGACUUCGCAGACAGCAGCCUGUCUGUGCGCCGAGAUACCAUCGCCUGUGUCGCAGAUUCGAGAGUAUACGCCCUUCUGGACGUCGACAAGCAGCUGAAGAUCCCCUUGAUGAGCAUAUCAUCUUUGGAGCCCCCAUCUUCGCCCGACUCUACCUCUCAGCCAGGACAUCUAUCUGUAGAUGCAAGUGGACUAUCCAGAAGCGCGUCUACUUCACAGCCUUCUCGACAACAUGUCACUCAAAGUCAUACUAGGAGCUCCAGUCUUGGAGGGGCAAUUCUCGGCAACCUGGGCCGCCAACAGGACCAAGGAGGUGAUGCAUCACGGAAUUCCUCAUCUCCAGAUAAGCCUGGUACACCGCAGUCUGGCCCUAUCACUGACAAGGCCUUGCCCGAUGUGCCCUCGGAUUCGCACGGACGUCCGUCGUCCGAUGUGUCGCGACCUGCGGUACUUCAACCGCAUAUUGCCUCACCUACUCCCGAGGAAUUUCUGAUAGUGACUGGCACCAGCACAGAAGAAGUUGGAAUUGGCAUGUUUAUCAAUCUGGAUGGCGACAUAACUCGGCCGACCAUUUCAUUCGAAAAAUACCCGGAAUCAGUCGUUGUAGACGGUGCCAGCGCGAACUUGGCAUCAUCACGAAGUGGGCAGCCUGAUGAAGACGACGGAUAUGUUCUUGCUUCCCUGGAUAUGGAAAGUCGAGACGGUCCGAGACUUGGCAUUGAAAUUCAGCGGAUGGAUGCCGGAAAUGAGGCCCAACCUGAGAGGCACUGGCUUUUUGCUCCUGGCUUGGAGCCGAGUGGCCCGUAUGGAAUUCGAUCGCUUCUGGGGAGCGAAGAGACGCAAUUCCAAGAAAUUGUAGAGAAGCUUAGUGAAAAGCGCUUUUCACCGUUCCCCAGUCCUAUAGGUACAUCCGCGCCCUCAUUGAAGAGCCUUGACUCUCGCACUGCGGGGUCAAUGGAACGCCUGUCCAAGGAACAGGAGCUGUUCGACCGAAACUUUGACUCCCAAGACGACGAUUCAUUACCUGAUGGGUGGGAGACGUCUCGUGUAUCUGAAGGCGAAGAGUUCACUCAAAGACUGGCAAAAGUGUCAAUCAAGCUAGUAGCUUGGUCUGGCGACAAAAUAUGGUGGACGAUUCGGAACCCCCUCCUUCUACAAUUGGAAUCGGCUUUUGGGGCUUUAAAUGACAACCAAUUACUGCCGGAAAACCUAAACAAAGAUGCCGUUUUUAGCACGAUAGCACGGAUUCGACGUCAGGACGCGAAGACAGAACUUGAAUUCAUGACUCUUCGAUAUCUACGCCAAAAGGCAGGUAUUCUACUACUGGGUGCUCUACUCCUCGCUCCGCCGCACAAAGAACUCGCAGAUACAGAAGUCAAUGCUCUAGAAGAAUUAUUCACCGACAGUCAACUAGAUCCACGAGUCGUUCUAUCGUUGAUUCCCGAAAUCCGAAAUGAGAUCAUUGAGGGACGGAACGGCAUCUGGAUCUAUGGCGGUGUGAAGAAAGUGACAGAGAUGAUCCUCUGCAGCGACCAAUUCGAGGCCAUUACAAAGAAUAGUAUCGGAAAUCUCGAGUCGAGAACGCUGCAUUUCCUGCGCCGUUUCCUUGCUGCCUGGAGAAAGAUGAAGGGAUUCGGAAGUGUUCCCGAUGAGCGGGAGGUUUUCAGAACGAUUGAGGCCGCGCUUAUCCUUGUUCUUCUCGAGUUGGAUCGACGCGCUCCCAAGGCGCUGGGAAGGCACAGUCCCGUUAAGAUUGAGCUCCAUGAGCUUGUCGAUAAAGGAGUGGAUUGUUUUGAGCGUGCCAUUGAUAUUCUUGAAUCUCACCACCGUCUCUUCAUCCUCAGCCGCUUGUACCAAAGCCGGAAAAUGGCUAGCGAGGUUCUAGCGACAUGGAAACGGAUCGUCGAAGGCGAGCGCGACGAUGGACAGGAGUUUCAAGACGGCGAGUUACGUAUCAAAGAUUAUCUCUCGAAAAUCAGCAAUCAAGCAUUGGUCAAAGAGUACGGUAUUUGGCUGGCCAGACGGAAUCCGAAACUCGGCGUGGAAAUAUUUGCCGAGGAUAAGUCUAGAGCUGCCAAAUUCGAGCCUACCCAAGUUGUUGAAUUCCUGAGGGAAGAGGCGCCCAUGGCGGUGAAACAUUUCCUUGAGCACCUCACAUUUGGCAAAGGUCACACGGCAUACAUUAAUGAACUCAUCUCUUACUAUUUAGACAUUGUCAUUGGCGACUUGAAUUCGUCAGAGGCAAGUCGAGACGCGGUUCUGGCAGCAUAUGCAGCAUAUAGGGCCUUGCAAGCACCCAAGCCCACAUACCACCAUUUCCUCACGGCAAAUACGCCGGCAAACAAUGAGGUGUGGCAGAGCCGACUGCGUCUGCUGCAGCUCCUGGGUGGAGCGAACGACUACAAUACAACCAGUAUUCGGCAGCGCAUAAGCAGUGUCCCCGGAGACCUGCUGGUGCCGGAAACCAUCAUCCUUGCUGGCAGGGAGAGUCACCAUGAGCAAGCCUUGCGCCUCCUUGUGCACAAGCUCGGCGACUACGACUCGGCCGUCUCAUACUGCCUGCGCGGCGGACUCGGCGUCUUUUCCGCGCCUGGGGGCACAUCGCGCACACGUCCAUCUGUUGACGACCAGCAUCGACUGUUCAACGUGGUGCUGCGCGAGUUUCUAGCCAUCGAGGACGCCAGCGAGCGCGUGGAGCAGACUGGCGCCCUGCUGGAGCGUUUCGGGGGCUGGUUCGACCUGGACGAGGUGCUGCGUCUCGUCCCGGACAGCUGGUCCGUGGACGUCGUGGCGGGAUUUUUGGUGGGCGCGCUGCGACGGCUGGUGCGCGAGCGGCACGAGGCCAAGGUGGCGAGCGCGCUGAGCAGUGCGCAAAACUUGCGUGUGAGCUACGAUUUAAUCACGAAUAUCGACGAAAAGGGGCCGACAAGGGCUGAGGCGGAACCGCCGACCGAGGCAGCGUGA